AAAAAGCGGCUCGGGAGGGGGAGCCCGGCCGCGUGGGCACUCGGAACAGCAGCGGGCAUCUCCGCCGGGACUCGGGACCCCGGGCCCAGAGGCGCCGAGCCCCCAGCCCUAGUACCCAGCUGAGUCGCCGCCCCCCACUCCCUCCCCAGGUCUCCGGGGCUCCCCAUGUCUCCCCUGUUAGGUGGAGCGGGACUCAAGCGGGCGAGUCCUUAGUGGGCAGGCGGAUUCGUGCGGGAGCCCGGCCCCCUGCCCGCGAUGAAGCUGCCCCUCUUCCUCCCCUGGGCGUGCUGCCUCUACGGCUGCACGGUGGGCACCGGCUUCCUCUACCCGUACCCGUCCGCAGCUCUGCAACACAACUACCCCGAGCACGGCUCCGCGCCUCCGGGCAGCGGCUACGCGAACCGCCGGAAUUGGUGCCAUCACACGGUGACCAGGAUGGUUUCCUGCCAAGUACAGAAUGGGUCAGAAACGGUGUUCCAGAGGGUGUAUCAGAGCUGCCGCUGGCCAGGCCCCUGCACUAACUUAGUCAGUUACAGGACCCUGAUCCGGCCUACCUACAAAGUGUCCUACCGGACCGUGACGGCUCUGGAGUGGAAGUGCUGCCCUGGGUUUGCCGGGAGUAACUGUGAGGAGGGCCAGUUUUCUGUCCAUCCCCCACCCCGUGGGCAUCCAUAUCACCUAUGUCCUACAGUGACAGGAACAGAGACAGUCAUCAUGUCCCAAUUCCCCAAGAUUUACAGUAUGCCAGAAUGCAUGAACUGCACCCGGCUGAACGACAUGAACGAGAGGCUAUCUGCGCUGGAGGUCAAGAUGAUUCUUCUGGAAGCAGCCGGGAGCGUGAUGACGUCAGAAAACGAUAUUAGCAAGACCACGCCAACCUGGAAUAAGGAUUUCUUACCGGACGCCAUCCCGCUGUCUCACCCUGGCACCGUGAGGAGGAACCCCCUGGGCCCUGCAGGAUAUGCCGGACAGAUGGGACCUCCUGGGCCCGUGGGCCCCUCGGGGCUCCCUGGGCCGCCGGGAUCGAAAGGCGAAAGGGGCCAGAUGGGGGAGAUGGGCCCCAGGGGGCCCCCAGGGCUCCUGGGGCCGCAGGGCCCAAGGGGACUUCCUGGAGAGACUGGGCUCCCUGGGCCGCCUGGGCCCCCGGGCCCUCCUGGCAGCCCUGGCCUUCCGCCCCCAUUCCAGCAGGGGGUUCUGUAUUCCCUCCAGCCCGCGGGAGAGAAGGAAAAUGGCGAUUCCCAGCUGUCCUCCACCAUAGUAGACACCAUCAUGGCAGGGAUCCCUGGGCCUCGGGGCCCACCUGGCCCUCCAGGACCACCUGGACCUUCUGGACCCAAUGGCCCCCCAGGUCCCAUGGGAGUUCCAGGCUCUCAGGGUGAACCUGGUUUAAAAGGAAUAGAAAAAGGAAAAGAGAGCGAGGGGGUGCAGCAGCUCCGAGAAGCGCUGAAGAUCUUAGCCGAGAGGGUGCUGAUUCUGGAGCACAUGAUUGGGAUCCACGACCCACUGGCUUCCACCGAACCGGGCUCUGGACAAGAGGGCGUGCUCGGCUCCACCUCACAAAGCAGCAAGAUGAAGCGAGGGGGCCCCUUGGGCUCUCCCCACCCCUACAACACCAUCUCUUCCCUGCUCGAUGGCCUGGAAGCCCGAAAAAACGGCUCCGAGAGCCGCAGCCUGAACUAGGCAGCCCGCCACCCCGAGACGACCCGUGCGCUGAUUAAAGAUACAGUAUCUCUAUGGACAAAAAGGCUCGAGGUGCUGGUCCUGAGCCCAGAGUGCGGGAAGCUGGGGGCUGGGGGGCAGGAGAGCCGGGCCCAUGGAGUGCCUCGGGGGCUUUCUGGACAGGCCCGUUAGCAGUGGUCGUCCUCCCCCUGCUACGAGUGGGCUGGCGGGAGGGGGCUCGGCUCAGGGGGCUCACUCCCACCAGGGGCAUGGGGGGAGAGCCCCACUAGGAUGACGAGCUUGCCCUGCUGGUCAGGCUCUCCAUCACAGCAGCUUGGUAAUAGGACCCUGUGGGUCUCCGGUGCCCCCAGGUAGCCCCCCGCCGCACACGCUGGACCAAUCCCGGGCCAACUCCCUGGAAGAAGAGCUUGUGUUUCUAGCUCUGUUGCCCCUUAUUCUCAGUGUUGUGCCCUUUUGUCACCCCCAGUAAAAGAGGAAAAUAA